AAAGUUACCUUUGGAAUAAAUUGUCAUUAUUUAAAAAUGAGCAGAUUAGGAUCCCAAAGGAUUAUAAAUGAAAAAUUCACUGCAUUGAUAUUGUAAAAUGUGAUUGUCUUCAGUGGUUUUGCUUUUCAAGUUUGAUGUAACGUCCACUAUCACAUAGACGUGCGAGCCACUUGUGGAACUCUUCCUCACUGUACAUUGUGUAACUUGUGCAUCUUCCAGCUGCCAGAGCCUAUGAGUGCGGCGCAUUUUGAACAGAUUAGUGUGUGCGGCACGUGUAAAGGGAGCCUCGUUUGCUGCCUCUGCACAUGAAAUGGCACGCCAAAAAAAUAAGACGGAAUGUGAGACCUUUAUUUGGAGAAAGUGGUGUAAGAUUUUAUGUGCGCCUGUGUGUUAUAAAUUAUGAUUUUUUAACAGCUUAGUUUUUAUUUUUUAUAUGAUGUGGUACUACUAAUGGUUAAAGAAGCGUGUACCUUAAUAUUCAUCGAUAAUAAUAUCAAUAUUGAGUUAAAAAUUGGGGGCAACUGGCCCCUUGUCCCCCACCCCAGCUCCGCCCCUGUUCGGAGAGUUAUUUAUUUAUUCAUUUUAAUAAUAAUAUUUUUAUAUCCAAAUGCAGACACUGAUUAUUGCUCAAGCUCCUCCCCUUUAGUUGUUGAAAACACGUGAAUAAAAACAGCUUUUUAAAAAGGGGGCGUAACAUGCUUCUCUAAAUUUUCCAGUGUAAUUUAGCUGACUGUGGACUUCUUGGUUCCCACCCUCCAUUCAAAGACAAUUCAAUCUGCUGCAUGCUGCUGCUUGCAGAACACUAGCCUGCAGCACAUAACACACAGACAGUGUUUGAAAUAUUGGCUCGUGAGUCAGUGUCCUAAGGGAAGAGUUGUACAUAUUUGAUGACCCUAUAUGACUCCCUUGUCAUCUCCAGAUUAAAAAAAAAAAAAGCUUAAACCUGACUACCUGGUACAUCUUGUCUUUUUUACUUUUAGGUUUUUUUUGGUCCGUUCUUGGCUUGUUGUCAAGAACAUUAGGUGACGAUGUGAACACAAUGAGAAGUCAACCAGUCAUUGAGCGGGUCACUGUCAGUCACUCAAACAGUUGCUCUGUCAGUCGGUGCAGUUGCAAAAAAAAGUGGACAAACUUGGCACUGUUUAUUGGCAGGAAGACCCGCGCCGCUAGGAUGAGGUCAUUCCGCUUUAGGACAUUUUCACACAGCUCAACGAUAGCAAAAAUCUAUCGUUUUGGAUGAGAAUAUCCCUCUCGUUAUUAACAAACGCUAACCUUUCAGCGACCGCUCUUAAAGCUCUUGAUGCACAGAGAAACUGAGGAGGAACGGAGGGGAAACUGAGAUCUGGCCAAUGAGGACGACGUUUUGCCAGCAUGAAAGAAAGGGCUACUCUGCUUUUGUUGCGCUAAGCCUUCAUUCCCACCAAGUGCCCUCUGAAAAACAAGGAGCUCUAUUUUUACCUCGGCCCUCAAUUUGAACAUAUUGGCCCCUAAAGCAGGUCCAAGUCCAACCCUGUGCACACAGCACAUAAAAGUUACCCUUGUGCGUAACCUCUGUGUCAGCAGGAGCACAUUCCUAAAGGUGGCUUCACACAAGACACAGGGAGGAUGAAUGGAAUUUCCAUUCCAGGUGUUGUUUUCUGAUUUUUUUUUUAGGUUAUUCAAGCAAGCAAAUAUGGAUUUGCUGCAGAGUGGUGACCAAUUUGUGCCAAUCUAGGCUGCCGUAUCAAUCGUGCUGUGUUCCAAAGGAGGGAAAAGGGGGCACAGGGGUAUGAGAGGGGCUGGUGAGGAGCCUGCUAAUACAAGCUGACAGGAGUGAGCACAGUCAGUGAGCUGUCUGUUUCCUCCACAGAGGGUAAUUCUUUAGCAACGCUGGCCUCAAAAACAAUGUGUGGCUGAUGGUUAAUUCGACUUCAAACAUGGUCACAUAACCUCAAGCCUCUACUGACCCAAUCCACUGAAGACGAAAGGCUCACGUAGACACACAUAAUGAGAUACGGCACAUCCAAUACAGAAAGAGCACAUCUGAGGUGAAGACAAGGUCACCCAGCAGAUGUGGAGAGCAUGUCGAAAGUGGAGAAGUCAAAUGGCCUUAACAGGCCUCUGGACAUUGUGCCCAGCACAGAGGAGAAGAUGACAGACAGGGGUCAGUGGGGCAACAAGAUCGAGUUUAUUCUGUCUGUGGCCGGAGAGAUUAUUGGCCUUGGAAACGUGUGGCGGUUCCCCUACCUUUGUUACAAGAAUGGAGGAGGAGCUUUCUUUAUACCAUACCUCAUUUUCCUGUUUGCUUGUGGCAUUCCCGUCUUCUUCCUGGAGACUGCUCUGGGUCAAUACACCACUGAGGGAGGCAUCACCUGCUGGAGGAAAAUCUGUCCACUGUUUGAAGGUGUGGGUUACGCCACGCAGGUGAUCGUUGCUCUGCUAAACGUCUACUACAUUGUGGUAUUAGCCUGGGCCAUCUUCUAUUUGUUCAACUCAUUCACAUCAAAUCUGCCCUGGGCAUCCUGCAACAACACCUGGAACACAGAUUCCUGUAUGGCAUUUCAGAGGGGGAAUAGCUCCAUCAAUCACCAUGAGAACACCACCUCUCCUGUCAUUGAGUUCUGGGAGCGCCGAGUGCUGCGACUUUCCUCAGGCAUUGAAGAGAUCGGCUCCUUGAAUUGGGACCUGGUUCUGUGUUUGGCCCUCGCAUGGGUCCUCUGCUAUUUCUGCAUCUGGAAGGGAGUCAAAUCCACUGGAAAGGUAGUUUACUUCACAGCCACCUUCCCGUACAUCAUGCUUGUGGUCCUACUGAUCAGAGGAAUCACCCUGCCAGGAGCUUCCGUUGGAAUCCACUUCUACCUUUACCCGGACUUGGGACGCCUAACUGACCCACAAGUUUGGAUGGAUGCUGGCACUCAAAUUUUCUUCUCGUAUGCCAUCUGUCUGGGCUGCCUCACAGCCCUGGGAAGCUACAACAAAUACAACAACAACUGCUACAGGGACUGUGUGUGCCUCUGCUUCCUGAACAGCGGUACCAGCUUUGUUGCAGGAUUCGCCAUCUUCUCCAUCCUGGGCUUCAUGUCGUACGAACAAAACAUUCACAUCUCUGAAGUGGCUGAAUCGGGUCCAGGUUUGGCCUUCAUUGCUUAUCCUCGUGCGGUUUCCAUGAUGCCCUUUUCUCCUCUUUGGGCCUGCUGCUUCUUCAUCAUGAUCGUGUUUUUGGGACUGGACAGUCAGUUUGUCUGCGUGGAGAGCCUGGUGACAGCCAUGGUAGACAUGUAUCCCUCCGUCUUCCGCCGUAAAAACCGCCGGGAGCUCUUCAUCCUGGCAGUAGCUGUGGUUUCAUUCCUUGUUGGACUUGUCAUGCUAACAGAGGGCGGCAUGUACAUUUUUCAGCUCUUUGACUACUACGCGGCCAGUGGGAUGUGUCUGCUCUUUGUGGCUAUUUUUGAGACCAUUUGUAUUGCUUGGGUUUAUGGAGCUGAUCGUUUCUAUGACAACAUCGAGGAUAUGAUUGGUUAUCGCCCAAAUCCCAUCAUCAAAUACUGCUGGUAUUUCUUCACUCCUGCCACAUGCUUUGGAACUUUUGCUUUUGCGCUCAUUAAGUACUCACCUCUGAAGUACAACAAUACCUAUGUGUACCCAUGGUGGGGGAAUGGGAUUGGCUGGAUUUUAGCGCUGACCUCCAUGCUGUGUAUACCUCUGUGGAUGGCAGCAAAACUCUACUACACUCCAGGAACUCUAGCACAACGCCUUGCUCUGUUAACCACGCCGUCCAAUGACUUGCCCGUGAUGAAGAGGGAGCAGGAGAGGUUGCUGGGCUUUGCAGCAGAUGGAGACAGCCAUAGUCAGAAAACAGCUGCUUCAAAGGAAGGCUACUUACCGGUUAAAGAAAAAGAAUCUCACUGCUGAAGCCCCCAUGGUCAAACUAAUGUCAGGAUGAACGAUCCCUCCAAAACCAUCUCUCCGUCACCUGAAAAGGUGGCCCAACAGGUGCAGAUGCAUUCCCUUCACCUCCAUGCGUGGACUUGCUGCUGCAGCCUUCUCCAUCAUAUGGUGCCUUCAAAAUAAGAGUUUUUGUGUCUGUUUUAUAUCUCAUAUGCCAGUUUCAAAGUAGAACAUUUGACAGUGUGACCACUAUAAGUAUUUAGCAGCAAAGAGUUCAUGUUUGCUCAUGUUUGCUUUCUAAGGAAGCAUUUUCACUUGCUAUGGACAUCUCUCAUGCUCAGUUAUACUGACGUGGCAUUUCAUUUACCUUGUUUCUAACUGCAAAGAUCUGCAGCCGAUGGAACACGUGAAGUGUCCUUACACUGCAUAGACAGGGCUAAUCUGAGUACUCAUAUGUAGUUGAAGUUUUUACGUUUAUGCACCACGUGACUUUACUUUGUAUACAGGUUUACCAUGGUGAUGGCUUUGUCUUAACUGUACUGUGAAGAACUUUCCUAAUGAAAUCCAUUUUUUUUACAAAAGUUUGAGGAUGCAUGAAUUGGGUUUUACAUUUACAGCUAUCUAAAAAGAUUACAGCUGAACUGAGUUUAUUUUUUAUUAUAUAUUAAUAAGACUGGGAUUGUGGAUUCAUCUUUUUUUGUGAUUUUCUGAAAUGUUUUUUUGUUCAUUUGUUUGUUUCUUCAUAUCAGUAUUUUUGAUUUUGAUAUGAUUUUAAUGUAGCCGGGUUUGCCUCAUAUCUAAUGCACUAAAUCAUAUAAAACUGAAGCAUCUGGAAGACACUGCUGUGCCAAUAUCAGCUGGGGAGAUUUGUUGAAGGGUUUCAUUCCAAAAAAAUAAAAAUAAAAGUAUCAUUAUACUAUGUCAUCUCUUUCUGCUGUACACAUGGGAUGAAUGUAUGAUCAGUGAUUACUGAACUCUUCUAGAAAUAUAACCUUUAUAAGCUGAAACUUUUUAUUUUGACCAAAUAAAUAUAUUCUAAUUUGA